AUGGAUGUCAGAGGAACAAAUGCGACAUUUGCCAUCACUCCAAAGGCCAUGAAUUGGACCGAGGCCCAGAGCUACUGCAGAGAGCACCACACCGACCUGGCCAGUGUGAGAAACCAAGCAGAGAACCUGCAGGUAAAGAACAUGAUGACUACAGACUAUCUCUGGAUUGGCCUUGUCAGAAACUCCUGGGAGUGGUCGGAUGGAAGUAACUCCUCCUUCAGGUUCUGGAGCUCGGGGAAACCUUCCAGUUUGUCUGCGUCUUGUGUGGCAGCAGAUUUUAGUAACUCUGGAAAAUGGGCGAAUCAUUACUGCCACUUGAGGAAACCAUUCAUUUGCUUUGGUCAAUCUACAACAAAGCAAGUGAUAAAACUGAGGAUGAAAACGAGCUCCUCUGUGGACCUGAAUGACCAGACUGUGAUGGAUGACAUCAUGAAGCAGAUGAAACAGAGGCUGAAGAACCAGGGGUUGGAUGACAACAUCAAACUGAGCUGGAAGAAGCAGGCAGAUGGGAAAGUCUUCCACAAGGAGGAGAAGAAGAACACAAAGAAGAGAAAGGACGAGUUCUAAAGUUGAGUUUUGUGAGCAAAACAUGCCACAUAUUCUCUGGUACCAGCUUCUCACAUAUAGAUUUGAUGCUUUUCUUUGUCAUUUAUGGUUAUUAAGUUUAUAUAUUUAGUCUUUAGACUGUUGGUCGAUUAUAACAAGACAUUUGAAUGUAUCUGGUUGGGCUGGGGGAAUUUAUAACAGGCAAUGUUUACUAUUUUAUGACUUCUUUUAGGUAAUUCUAGAUUAGAUUAGGUUAUGUCAGUUUAUGUUAAGAUAUGAUAUAGUACAAUACAAUAUGAUUGAUUGGAGGCAGCUCCAGUGUAAAAAAAAAAACUUAAAAAAAAAAAAAACUUUAAAAAAAAAAGCUUUUUGGGGCGUCCCG